AUGGCCAUCUCCCGCUUACUUCGCCAAGGCAAACCUAGCGCAAUCACAGUUUCGCAAUUCAUUGAGUCGUUCCAGCGAAUAUGGCACGACUCGCGACCUCGCGCGGGAUGGACUUCUCGGGAGGCCCGUCUGCCCUCCCGACUGGGCUUAGCCAUCAGCGGUGGCGCCGACUCCAUGGCUCUCGCGUACCUUUGUCGCGAGUGGGAGAAGUUUUCUGUUCAUGGCAGUGGUAGUAGCCGCACCACCCUCGCCUCGACUUCUGAGGAGUCCCCGCCAGCGCCAUCGCCAGUCGAGGUGACGGCUUUUAUUGUGGAUCAUAAGGCCCGGGAGGAGAGUUCCCGUGAGGCUGCUAUGGUUGCUGGGUGGUUGGGUGAGAUGGGAAUCCAAACCCAAAUCCUCCCACUAGACUGGUCGAACCUCAAUCCCAACGAGAUCUCCGCCUUCGAAACCCACGCCCGGCGCCUCCGCUUCCAAGCCCUCGGCCAAGCCUGCCGCACCCACCACAUCGACGCCCUCCUAACAGGCCAUCACCGCGACGACAACGUCGAAACGACCCUAUGGCGCCUGUGCACCGGCGCACGAGGCGCAGGGUUAGGCGGGAUCCCCGCUGUCACCGGCAUUCCGGAGUGUCACGGGUUAUUUGGGGUGGUGGGGAGCAGAGAGGUAGCGUGGGUGAGGAGUUCCAGUCAGCAUCAGCAGCGUCAGCGUCAGCAGCAGCAGCAGCAGCAGCAGCAGCAGAAUCAGACCCAGAAUCAAAACCAGCAGAGCCAGAACCAGCACCCACCCCCCGAAAAAGAAGCAACCCUCAAAAUCCAAAUAGCAACAGGAACCCUCCCGAUCAUCCGGCCCCUCCUCAACUUCCCCAAAUCCGACCUCCUAGCCACCUGCGCAAAACACCACAUCCCCUUCGUCUCGGACCCAACAAACUUCGACCCCACCCUCACGCCGCGUAACGCGAUUCGCGAUUUACUAAGGCGGGAGGCGUUACCGCGUGCGCUGCGGGAGGAGUCGGUGUUGGGAUUGAUCGAGAAGAGUAAGAGGUUGAUUCGCUCGGCGUGGGCGGAUUCAGAUCGGUGUUUGGAAGGGUGUCGGGUGCUGGGGUUUGUGCCGGAGACGGGGGUGGUUGUCGUGCGAUUUCCUGCAGGACCUGCUGCUGCUGCUGCUACUUCUGCUGGAGCAUCGGAGCCGCAGAUCCAAGCUCUCACGCUCCGGCGCAUCACGGAACUGGUCUCCCCGUUCCCGGAGAAUCAUUUCCCGUUGCGUGGGUUUGAGAAGUUUACUUCGCGGGUGUUUCCUGCGUCUCCUCUUACAGAGUCGGAGUCACAGUCACAGUCACAGACGCCGACACAGGAAAGACAACCCUUCACCCUAGGCGGCGUCAUGUUCCAACCCAUUUCACAGCGCAAAGGCGCAGACACUACCACGACCCCCCCGAAAGAGAAACAAGAAGAAGAAAAAGAAGGAAAUACAUGGCUCCUCUCCCGCCAACCCUACAUGAAAAACCGCCUCCCAACCCUGGACAUCGAACUUCCACCUCCUGCUUACCCCCUCCCUAACUCUACCUCUACCUCUACCUCUACCUCUACCCAGGGAACUGAAUCACCAGAAGAAUGGCACCUCUGGGACAACAGAUUCUGGUUCCGAUUCAGCAUCACCCCCAAAACAAAUCCCCCCGAGAACCCAACAGGACCAGAACCAGGACUAAGACCAGGAAGAAUAAGAAUCCGCCCGCUCCAGAAAUCCGAUCUCAAGUUCCUGCGUCAGCGUCAGCGCAGUCCCCAACAUAAAUCCCCUCCAGCAAGAGUGGGGAAAUCACCUCGAGAGGACCAGAAACACAACAAGAACGAGAAUGGAACCCAAAGCAAUCCAGAAAUCAUCUCCCUCCUCUCAAAACUAAGCCCAGGUUCCACCCGGUUCACGAUCCCGGUGCUUGUUCUUCGGCGGGCCGAGGAUUCAACCCGGGGUUCUGCUUCAGCUUCAAAUCUUGGGAGGAACAAGGGGCAGCAGCAGCAGCAGCAGCAGCAGAAGAAGAAGAAAUCCCUCUCGCGCUCCCAACGCUAAACGCCUGGCUUCCUUGUUCGGUGCCGAUCCGGGAACAUUGGGCUGGCG